UUAUAUUAUAACCCAAAAGAAUAAAACCAAAGAAGAAAAAAUGAAAUAUUCAAGCCAAAGAACUUUGUUUCUCAUCUUCUUGAUCUUCCUCUUCGCCGUGAUCUGUAUCUCCGAUGGUCGGAAUCUCCGUCCCGACAAAUCAGCUUCAAGGGAAAAACAAGAAGAAUCGGAAGUGUGGGUGAAGGAACCGAAGCGGACGAUGACGGCGGACUUCUACAGAGAUUUCCGGCGAACCCCCACCGGAGCCACCGUGAGAAUCUUAACCGGUCAGAAACCGGACCCGGUUUACGGAGUUUCCGGCAGAGAAGUUCCCGCCGGUCCAAACCCUCUUCACAACCGAUGAAAUAGUAUCUUAUUAUUGUUUUGUUAAAUUUAAAAAAAUUGUUAUAAUGUGUAUUUGAUGUUCGUAUAUAGAUAUGCAUUGAUAAAUUGAUAUAUGUUUGGAGAGUUUUUAUAUUUUAUCAAGUACGUACAUCUCUGGCUGUGUUUGAAAGAGAGCUGAGAUCGGAGAAACAAAAGGGAUCACGCGAUUUUAUUUUUAUUUUUUUUGUUGGGUUGUACUUAAUGUAUUAUGAUUAUUGCUAUAAAUCUCUAUCAUGUUA